AUGGACUAUCCUUCUGCCUUAGCUGAUCUCAUCGGCAAGCUUGCUGAUUUCGUCGAAGAGUCUGAUGAUCCAAUCAAAGAGCCUUCGGAUCCGAAGGGUAUCUUCGCACACGUCAAGUUCGGGGCCGCUGCUGGAGAGAUCUUUGAGAUCCCGGCAAUGUUGUUUGACCGGAGACUUGAAUGGGACACCAAGAUCGUUGUUGCCGUCUCGGAAAGCAAAAAGUCAAUGAUGGACAAGAACCUGAUGCCCAGAGUAGGCGAAAUGGUACGGGCAGCUGUAAGGACUGGACAACCGGUCAGAUCGGAUGUGGUCGUCUAUACGUACGCCGAGCUUUUCACUCUUCUCAAGAGCUUUCGAGACCCGGGUUUCUGGAACCAGGCUUCCCAAAACUUCUGUUUUCCGUUCACCCUGCUCAUGAUAGACGUGGAACCCGACUUCAGUGCGGAAUUUGUCCUGGCACUGAACGCUGCGACCAUCUUCACCAAAACAUUCAAUGACAAUCAGCAGAACCCAAACACCACUUUGAGGCUGACAACCAUGUCGUCUGAUCCCAUCCACCCAUUCAUCUUGAAGUUGUUCCAGCGAUUUCACACAGUCCAGUUCUUUGAACUACCCGAAUAUGAAGACAACUACGCCCCCGAGCUAGUUUAUUCGACGAACUUGAAGACAGCACUGCGCAACAUCAAGAGGUGGAUCAGGGAUCACGACGACAAUCGGAAAAACACCAUCAUCACGUUCUGCGGGGAGGAUAUCAUGCCUGAUGAAUGGCGCGGAGACCGGUUCAUCCAAGGGUUCAGGCAGGUCCAAGUGAUCCACCCCGGGAUUCUAAACCUCAUCAAGGCCAGCAAUGAAGAUAUGCUGGUUUCUUUUCCCGAGACCUUUGAAGCCGACUUCAAACUUGAGUUUUCUGGAAAUCUGCACAUAGUAGGAAGUCUUACGCGGAGACGACGUAUCUUGGAUCGACAGACAGGUCACGAGGUUGAAGCCACACUCAAGCUGUCGAAGCGAGAGCGAGAAGCCCAGAUAUCCGCGGCAUCGUGGUUCGAGAUGGAUGACACGUCCGUACGGUUCUAUGCACCCGAUGAUUACCUAACGUCUCCCCAAUUCGAUUUCCCUCGUCGCAUGAAGUUUGCCUGUGAGCAGAUUGACGGAUUUGUCGCUGCAUGGACGGAUCUGGGAGACUGGCCUGAUGAAACGUUCGAUAUUCUUCACCAUGUCUUGAACAUUGACAACGCGAUGGCUGACGACAAUAUGGACACAAUCCCUUCUGGCACAGCCGCCGACGAUGGUAUUGAUUAUUAUAAUAUUAAUGCUGCUCUCGAUCGAACCUGGAAACGCUUGGAGGUCCAGGGCCUCAUCGGGCUCAAUUAUACAUUUGGUGCAGCCAUCCCUGCCAACCGCGAAACGUUCUUCCACGACCUCAACCAAGUUACAAAGUACAUUGGCAAGGCCGCACAUGCCACGGCACUUGAAUCUACGCCGAAACUCAGUCAGCUCAAGAUGCACCUGCUUGCGGCUCUCUGGGUCGGUAUGAAGCGACUCAUCCAAGUCGACUGGCGAAACAACGGGAAUACCAACCAAGAGGUUCGGAGUCUUAUUGGCUUUAGCAGCACCGCCAAAAUUGCUCGGUACGGCACCCUUUGGUCCAAGCUGGGCUUGAUGGAGGCCCUCUGGGCGAAGCACGGUUCAGGCUUUUGUCCCAAUAGCACUGCGUCACAAAUUAUUGAUGGUCACAUCUCAGCCUCCACGUUGGCGAGGUCAAAUUGGAUGAGUUAUAGGCAGAACAUAUCCGCUUUGGCAGCCCGUGAAGGUGUCGCAAUGCCUUCUGUCGAUGGGUUCUUCCUCAGAGACUUUGAGAUCAGGGAAGACGAGUACGACGCGCUGUGUCGGCACUUCAUGCAAGCGUACUCGAACCAGGUCGCAAUAGUCACGAAACGCGGCAACCGUUUGAUUAUAAACGACUUUGCAUCUGGACAACGGCUGGAUUACACCGCCGAUGUUCUGAAUCUGGUCGAUUGGGCAGAGAUCACUAAGAAGGAGGGAGGCUCUGCUGUGCUUGGGUUCUACACCGCAGCAUCUCGUUACCCGCGGGGGGCCAGAACCAAGAUCUCUGACUGGAACUGGAUCCCCGAUAGGCUCUGGGAAGAAUGGGACAGGACUCUGAAAGCUGCUGUCCAGGUGGGAACAGAAGCCUUCAAGACGCAAGGGGCCAUUGGCCAGCUGAGCCGGGCUCGCAUAUAUCGCCUGAAUCCCGACGAAGUUUGA